CAUAGGUUUAUAAAGCUUGGCUUUUCUCAAAAAAAAAUUUUUUGGGGGGGAAUAUUCUUCCUUAUUUCAUAUACUGGUAGAAAUUUGGUAUUCAAUGAAUUUUAUUAAAUAAUAAUUCUUAGGUUCUGAUGACCUUAGCAUUGGGUCUGAAUUUAAACCACAGUCCUCCUGCUUGUUAGUUGAGUGGCCUUAAAGAACUAGUGCAGUUCUCUGAUGUGAAAAUGUUUGUAAAAGGGAGGAAUCUGUUGGAGGGUCCCUGUGAGCAUAAAUGAGAAAAUCUACUGAGUAAUAAGGGAGAUGUGCAGCCGCACUGCCUGCAGGUCUCGCUCGGCCUGUGAUUUGCUGGGGAAGUCCUCCCCUUUCUUCUCUGGCAGUGUUCUUGUCUUUACCCUGCUUACAUUCAGGGAAGGAAUGGAUGAUACAAGUUUUUUUUUAAAAAAAAAAUGUGUGUAGCUGAGAGAGGGAAGGAGCAGGGAAGAAGGAGAAAGGAGAAGAGGCCUAGAAAGUCUUCUGAAGCCGUUGGCACGCUUAGGAUGAAGUCCUAUUUUGUGACGGACUAUGAUCCAACCAUCGAAGAUUCAUACACAAAGCAGUGUGUGAUUGAUGACCGAGCGGCCCGGCUGGACAUUUUGGAUACAGCGGGACAAGAGGAGUUUGGAGCCAUGAGAGAGCAAUACAUGAGGACAGGCGAGGGCUUCCUGUUGGUCUUCUCCGUCACGGAUAGAGGCAGUUUUGAAGAAAUUUAUAAGUUUCAAAGACAGAUUCUCAGAGUAAAGGACCGUGAUGAGUUUCCCAUGAUUUUAAUUGGCAAUAAAGCUGACCUGGACCAUCAGAGACAGGUAACGCAGGAAGAAGGGCAGCAAUUAGCGCGGCAGCUCAAGGUCACGUAUAUGGAGGCAUCGGCAAAGAUCAGGAUGAAUGUAGAUCAAGCUUUCCACGAACUCGUCCGGGUUAUAAGGAAAUUUCAAGAGCAAGAAUGCCCUCCUUCACCAGAACCAACCCGGAAAGAAAAAGACAAGAAAGGCUGCCAUUGCGUCAUUUUCUAAGAGUCCCUUGAGGCUUAGCUAACAACUGCCAGGGAAGUCCUCACCUCUGCUACCGUUUACAUCAUCCGGUACCUGUAGCCUUAGACCGAUGAUCACCGCGUUAGCCUUACACCAAGAAGCUGGCAGAUCCUUUAUGUGAAGCUAAUGUAACGGUCUUUCCCAGACGUGUGUAAAGGAAACACUAAGGCUGCUCCAGACAAUAUCUGAUUCCUUUAAAACACAUGUCUACGCAGAUGCACUCUGCAAGGGCUUUUAAUAGAGGCAAACCAAGUUUGGAGCCUGAGCUGUUUGCUAAGCUGAAGUCAUAGGUUGUGAAGUAAUUUUUAACUUCUGGAAUCAUGUUGCCUACUGUUACUCAAAAUAGAAAUAUAGGGAAGGUGGUUUUUUGUUGUUGUUGUUUUUGUUUUUGUUUUUUUUUUUUUUAAUGUGAAAUUUUGCCUAUCUUUGAAACUUUUGAUGUCAACUUUCAUUAACCUUAAAUACACUGAAUGGAAUCUACAAAAGUGAGACAUCUCAGACCUUUCCUGAUGCUACGGCUUUUGUUUUUCCAGUGGCCAGAAUACCAAAAUGCCUGUUGUAUUUAUGGAUUAAAAACUGCUGACUAAGCCUUUGUUAUCAUGCUUCCUUCAAGAUGUCAAUAUUCUCUGUGGCCAAAUGUUUGGACUGGUUCUACACGUAGGUGUUCACAGCCGUGGUAAGGGUAAGAGUGAACGGUUCCUGUCUGUCUUCCUUUUCAAGUAUUCCUGGCUAAGGGAUUAAAAAAGAAUACCCACACAAGCUAAAGCUGUUUUUGUUUGAUGUAAUAUAAAAUAUGGAAUUGAUCUUUCCAAAGUCAGAGAUGAUUAAUGUUUUUGCUAUAUACUUUUAUACGUUAUUUUCUUAUCAAACUAGUUAACAAGUAUUUUUAUAUGUUUGUAAGCAAAUAUGCUUUCGCAGCGUACCUUGUGUAUAUGUAAAGAUGAGUAUUUAAGUCAUCUGUUCACUGUUAACUGACAAAGAGAACGUGGAAGCCACGGAGACCAUGACUUUUGUUUGCUGGCUUGGUCCUUGUUACAUCCACUGGUGGCCAAUAAUCAGAAAACCUUCCCAACAGAACGCAACAGGAUGAGACUGAAGUCACGUUCAAUGUCCCCGCUAGAUAUUGACUGUUAUAUCAAGUAUUACGUGUAAAACUUCUACUUGACAAUUAGUGUAACUGUGGAUGGCUUCUGACUUUGUUUUUAACUCUGUGGAUUGUGUUUAAGCAAUUCAAAGUAUGUUCCCGAUUUUGAGACUCAGUGGUAUUGCACAGUGGUCACUUUAUUGAAUGUGUACAACAGCCCCGUGAAGUUUAUAAAGUGGACCCUUGUAUAGCUUCAGGUGCUAGAAUUAAAGUUGAUCUAUUAUCACCAGA